UAUUGUGUGCGGGCGGGCUACGACUAUAUAUUCCAUUGAAAGCUCAAAUAUUUGCUUUUUGUACGGUUUCUAGAUUCUUCUCUAGAAAAAAAAACCCUAAAAUCCACUCUUAGUGAUCUACUCCCUACAGGCCAUAACAUAUCAAGCAAUGGAGAAAUCCAUUGGGCGAUCGAAGCGAUGCCCUACUUGCUCUUCAAUCAUCGAAUCAUCAUCAACUGACCAUGAUUCAUCACCAUCUAGUCUUCAAUCGCCAGCUGGUAAUAUAUUUUCUCGCCCUUCUUACGAUAUUGUUUUCUUCAUGUCCUUCUUGCACCGUGUGGGGGUCCUGGAUAUUUCUAAGGAUGGGAUGGAUCUUGUCAAGUUGUAUAAGAUUAAAAUUUAUACAGACAGUCGUCGUCUGGAGGACGACGAGAGUCGGGUAAUGAAGAUCCGUCCUUUUUGGAAGGGAUUACGUCCAGCUUUUUCAAGCUUUGCAGCCCUAGACCGCGAUUUUUACUGUUUGGGUGGCCAAAGUAGUCCUGGGCCGGCCUUUGUGCCCUAUGCCUAUGUGUUAACCAAUUCCCGUCCUUAUUGUUGGGUUCCUCUGCCUCACAUGAACUUUCCAAGAAUAGAACCUCCGUGUUUGGUCCUUGACGGCAAUGUCUAUGUUUUGUCCGGUCAUUUUGGUGUUCCUUUUGGUUCUGAUGAUUCUGCAUCUACCCACCGCGGCGACCUUGAGGUUUACCGUCCUAGGGAUGGUCGAUGGGAUGUCUUGCCUGAUCCUCCAAUACCUCUGGGAUACCAUUUUAUGUAUGCAGCUCUUGAGAAUCCAUCCAGAAUUCUCGUUGCUGUACUUACAGCACCCAAUGAAGGUCAUGAAGCCGUGUUCUGUGUAUAUGACGUGAAGCUUGGUAAUUGGGAAUUGCUUGACAAUCCUGAGCGCCAGCUACACGGUAUGUGUCCUAGAGGAUUAGGAGGAAAAGCUUUAUCGGUAGGAAACACAUUGUACUGGAUAACAGACAACGAUCACAUGUUGCUCGCCUACUUGUUAGACCUUGACAAGUGGCUCUUAGGGGAUCUUGGGUGUCUUGAUCUUUCGAUUUUUGGAUACAGAGAAUGGAAUCCUCCUAUUCUACUCCAUCUACAGGAUCAGAGGUUUUGCAUGGUGCAAUCCGCACCUGGGAAUUUAGUUCACUGCGUCAUACUUGACGUCCUUCAUAAGCCCAUACAGAAUAUGCUGGAGAUUUCCGUGGUGUCAGUUGAAAAAUUUAAGGUGGAAGACAUCGCCCCCAUAGAGCAUUGCUUCUUACUGUAAGGGUAAGUAGAUUUAGAGUCGAAGUCAAGCAAGAAGGUACUCUCUGUUCCAUGUUCUUAUGCAAGCACUUUAUAUCAAGAUGGACUUAUCAUAGGUAUCAGCGACGAAAAAUUUUGGUCAUCCGUUGCUGAUACCUAUAUAUCAGUAGUUCAUAUCAGUGACGACACAAACCAUCGUCGCCGAUAUGGACGUAUUAUUGCUGCUAUCUUCAGUUUCUGCCUAAAGCAAAUGUUGGGACUGGUUUGCCUACUGGUUUUGCAGAAUUUUAAUGUUCAAAAUAUUUGAAUGCGAAAGGAAGGAAUGUGUUAU